AUGCCGAUUUGGCGGUAUGCGUGGCCACUAGCAAGAGGUGGGGUGACUACGCUUGGCCGAACUUUCCAGAGCACUGGGCCUUCCCUGGCUGGCAUCAGGUUUAAUUCCACUGGUGGUGAGGUGCUCACAGCCACAGCGGUUUCGGAUGUGGCCCGCUUGGGCGGGGCCAUUGCCGCUCGCAUCCGGCAGGAUGGGGAAACAUCGGUUCGCUGCAUUGGCGCCAAAGCCGCCUUUCAGUUCGUGAAGGCGCUGGUCAAUGCGAUGGGCUAUUUGAGCCAUGACCCCGAUGCCCCGCCCGAGCGAUUUUUGGGCUUCCAAGUGAGAGAAGGUAAAGGCGAGGCCUCGGAGCGUGGCCGCGAGCUCCGCUUGCGGGUGCUGCCCCUCCACGUGGCCCCCAGCGAGCUCAAGGCCUCGCCGAACACCGCCGCCGCUGGUCCAGACGUCGCGGCCACGGACCUCCUCGUGGGGAACGGCACGGUGCCGGCGAAGGCGGCGGCCGCCAUGGCGGGCGCGCUGCGCCCGCAGGGCGGAGGUCAUGGAAAGUAUCCGCUGGUGCGGGCCAUGGGGUCGACGGCAGUGCACCGGGCGAUGGUGUCUGGGAUGUUGGCGCAGAAGUUUCUGGACAAUGAUGAUCGUGGUGUGACCUUUUGCAUCGUACCCUACUGGUCUGUGGAACUCUCCUCGGAGCAGAACAAUAAGCAGCUGAUUCUGAGGCUGAUCCACCUUCCCAAGGCCAAGUGA